CAUCGAAUUCAACUAAUUUAAUAGUACAACAUCUGUUUCAAUGUUUUUGUAACUAUCCCUUAAUAAAUGUAACGUUAUAUCACAUCAGUCAUGUGUGGAGGGGUUCAUAUCAUUGAUUUCAAACCGCUUAAUUGGUAAUUAUUUCUCAAAUCUUUCUCGGCACAAGUGCGAUGAAGCACCUUAAUUAUCUUGACAAGUUGAGCUAUUUCUUUUUAUUUACACGGAAUCACGGUUUCGUUUUAUCUAUCUAGGUUUCUUGUCAUAAGUAACAUCCUAUAACGACCCAGAAUGCAACAUGUGUAUAUUACGUCAUCGUUUCUCGGAAUACGUUGCACAAAAUGCAAGUAGAAAUGCAAUGGCUGCAUCGCAGAUAAAAUAGAGACUAAUAAUAGCUGAUAAAGGCAAUUUACAGCUAACCUAGACUGAUGUCAGUUUGAACAGCUUAAAGGUCAAAGUUCAAAUUCAAGAGGGCCAUGGCAGAUCACCCAGACCAACAAUUUUUCCAUCGUCUGAAAAAACAUGGAAUUGAUGUGAAGGUUUCGUCAGUCAUUAUAUCAAGCAAGAAAUUCACCAGUGAAGAAUUGGAGGACUGGGCCAUUACUAGCCUUGCUUCACUCAAACCCAAUGAUGCCAUCAAUAUCAUCAAAAACCUACACUUCCCCAAAAAUAUUGGAAACAAUAAAAGUUCAUUUCUUUGCUCACAAAUAAAUAAUUUCAAGAAAUCUUCACAAGGCAAAGAGGAGGCUUCUACUCGAGGUGGUAACCAGGGCAAGUGUCAGCCUAAUCCACAUAGAGAUCAUGGGCCAGCAAGAGGUGGGAACAACGGAGGGAAUAGAGGAGGGGGGCCUCCUAGAGAUUAUGGGCCAGCAAGAGGUGGGAACAACGGAGGGAAUAGAGGAGGGGGGCCUCCUAGAGAUUAUGGGCCAGCAAGAGGUGGGAACAACGGAGGGAAUAGAGGAGGGGGGCCUCCUAUUCCUCCCCUGUUACCUAAUUACCCUCCCCGUGGAAGCCUGCUUGGACCACCGCCGCAACCUGGUGUACACAACUUUCCACCCCCUUAUGUACCUCCACUCCUAUCCCCUGGUGGACACACUCAGCAGAACUUCGGGAACUUUCAGAACUCACAAGAAAGAAAGCAACAGAUACCAGCGGUUCAGACUAAUCAAAACUACCUUAAAUCAAAUCUGGAUUACCUGAAGGGUCUGUCAGAAAAUGCUAAAGGAAUCCAAGGUUUUUCCAGUCCCGGGACCUCACCUCAUUUCCCAGAAGAAAGCGGAGAAACUAAAUCAUCAAAUACAGGAAGAAAGUCUAGAGGUCAUCGAUCAAAACGAGGAGGAGCAAAAGCACAUAAUCAAGACAGCUCUGAUGAGGAUAGUGAUUGCAGUAUCAAAAGCACACCUGACCAUUCUAAAGUAGCAGGGAAUAGAGGGUUGAGCAGGAGAUUUGGUAGCACUGAUGUUCUUAAUUCCAGACCACAAAGUAGGACAAAUAUUGGUGGUAACCAAGGUCGUGGUGGUAACCAAGGUCGUGAUGGUAACCAAGGUCGUGAUGGUAACCAAGGUUGUGGUGGUAACCAAGGUCGUGGUGGUUACCAAGGUCGUGAUGGUUACCGUGGUCCUAGACAAGGUAGGGGUGGAAGUAGAGGUCACCAUGAAAACAGUCCAGUAGAUAUCAGCAUCAAUGAUAGCAACCAGGCAGGGAGAUCACAAAGUGGCAACAGGGGAUGGGGUCAUGGAAGAGGUCAAGGUAGUGGAAACCAAAGAGGUAGAGGAAACAAUCGAGGCAGACAUGGGGCACAGAUCAUUAACAGCAGAAUGGAUAAUCAAGAGGAUGAUGACGAUAGUCACUUGGAUGAAGAAAGUGAUGAAACAAGCAGUAUGUCUGGGAGUGAAGCAUCAAGAAGUAUUAUCUCUGGUAGUCAAGACCUUUCCAGAGAAAGGCUCAGGGACUUUGAUGACAAAAAGAAGAAAAGAAGACCAAGACAUAAACCCCGUAGUCAAUCAUUAAAUGAGGAAGUUGAGACAUUUGACGAUGAACGUGUCGAUGAAAACAAGAUUUUCAGCUAUCUUGUUAAGAGCUUUGGUGGGUUCAUUGCCUUUGAUGACUUUGUUAAGGAAUGUGACCUAAUCCCUAGCGACUUUGACGUACAAAAAUGGUUUCGAUGCCACAAGCGAAGGUUCAAAUUGUUUGAGAAGGAGGGAAAGAUUUUGUAUAUAUCUGCUUUCUAUCGUGAUGUGACCCUUUGUCUUGGUUACAACUGGCUCUUUGGACGCAGUAAGAGUUGUUCAAAGACUGACUGUGAUCAUUUUCAUAUCUGUAAAAACUACAUCAGUGGAAACUGCUCAUUUGGCGAGAAAUGUCACUUCUCUCACAGUUUUAGAGAUGCCAGCAAUUUGGAACACAAGAAAAAGCUUGGCCUUCUAGAGUUUUCAGACAAAGAAAUGGUGGUUAUCCUUGGAAACAGAUACCCAAGAAUUUGUUCAGAUUUUUUGAAGACUGCCUCAUGUCCAGUUGGAGAAGUCUGUCCAAAACUGCACAUGUGCAGUCUCAGUUUGAGAGGGAAGUGUCAAAGGAACUCUGAUUGUCCACUUGGUCAUUCUUUUGAAACUGACCACAACAGAUGGGUUUUGCAGGCAUUGGAGUACUAUGCAUGGCUUAACAAAAAGGCUCAGUUGCUUCUGAAUAAAAUAAUAUUAGUUGAUCGUUCGCUAGAGGCAUCAUCUAUGGAAGAGACAACUGAGGCAGAAGAACAAGAAGCCACUGGUGAAGAAUUGAAAAAUAUUGCAGACGAAAUUGAAGCUUUAAAAAAGAAGCCAGAAAAGAAACGUGUAUCCAGGGCAAACAGAUUCAAAUCUGAUGAUGCUGAUGAGGAUGUUAUGAUCAACAUGGAUCAGGUACGUAUCCGGGAUGGGAGUCCUGGUGUAGAUGUACAAGUGAGAGAGGAACCUCUUGCCGAGGAAACAGUGAAGGAGGAAGAAAAAUCAGCAAAGAAGAAAAAGAAAAAACCUAAACAAAAGAAGCAGGAUGUCAAACCUGAUACACCAGUAACUUGGUUGGAUGAUGCAGCUGAAAAUACUCCUCUCUGUGUAAAACAUGUGGAAGGAAACUGUCCAGGUUUGUGUCCCAGAGGUCAUCACCAUUACUCGGACCAGGCCCCUUAUGUUUGGCAGAUUAAGCUUGGUGAGACCUGGUCAAGCUUCAGACCAGAGUACAGUGAGGAAAUAGACGAAGGUUUCUGCAAUCAUCUAGAGGUCAUUGACGCUGAGAUAUUGGUGGAGGACCAUGCUGUCUACAUGGUCCAUGUGUGUGUUUCUGAUGCCAGGAAGAUGAGGGGCGUAGUGUAUGAACAGGAUGGUGUUAUGCUUGACGAUCCUCAGAGCUUUCCUGUACGACGUCUAUCCACUCAGUCUUAUGUUGAAGUAAAGGACAAAAAACCAAAUGCCAGUCCAGUAUUUUCUACACAAUGGAGAUGGUUCUGGAUGGUUGACAGCGGGGAAUGGCAACCGUUUGACACCGAAAACUUUCAGAAGACCCUUGAAAGGAAAUACAAGUAUGGACAGGCAACAUUCCUAUUCACUAGGGAAAACUACCGGUUUAAAUACAGGAUAGACUUCAGAACUUUUCGACAGGUGAACCUUGACACAAUGAAAACAAGGAGACUUUGUCGUCGUCCUUUGUUUGUGUCCUUGGAGGAUGUCAAAAAUAAAAAAUUCCCUGACUGUUUGGAAGUGGUGGACCCGAUCAGUAAACCUCCAAACUUUGUACCAUGGGAUCUGUCCAGUGAUUUUGAACUUGUGGAAUUGGAUCGAGUAAUGCCCGAGUUUAAGGGUCUUCGUGACAGGUUCUUGGAGACAUUGGACAGUGGCAGUUUUGAUAUUCUGUAUAUCUACCGGGUACAAAACUGGCACUUACAUCAGGACUAUGAACUGAGAAAGAAGAACAUGAAAAAAGAAAUCCAGUUAGAUGGCCAAAGUGAUGAUGUGAAUGAGAAGCUUCUCUUUCAUGGGACAGACUCUAUGAAGACCUGUCAGGGAAUCUGCACAAACAACUUUGACUUCCGCACAAGCGGUAAGAAUGCUACAGUGUAUGGGGAGGGAUCCUAUUUCGCAGAAACUAGCAAAUACAGUCACAGCUACACACGACCUGGUAAAAAUCAAGAGAGGUACAUGUUUCGAGCCAAGGUCUUGGUUGGACAGUACACGUUGGGUAAAAGUUCAUACAGGCGACCCCCAGACAGGCCAGGCCAGACUCACAAGUUGUAUGACUCUUGCGUAGAUAAUGAAGCCAAUCCCAGCAUGUACAUCAUAUUUGAAAGAAGCCAGUCGUAUCCUGAGUAUUUGAUAGCCUACAGAGAAAAGAGUACAUCUGACAUGGGUACAGUAAGGGUAGGCGCCAUCCGAGCAGUUACAGCUUCGACUCCAACUGCGACUGUGUCGUCACCAGCACCAAAACUGGUAGCACCACCAGCUCCUAAACCUUCAGUGUCACCAGCUCCUAAACCUUCAGUGUCACCAGCUCCUAAACCUUCAGUGUCACCAGCUCCUAAACCUUCAUUGCCACCUAAGCCAUCACUUGUCUACUCCAGGGACCCACCAAGAGUACAACAUCAACCAAUUGUAUACCCUUCUGCUCCUUCCAUGGAAGCUUCAUCAUAUCCAGUUUCACCAAGGAUUGAUCCUUUGUCAUAUCCUACAGCUUCUGCUUCAGGUUACCAUGGCAAUGUCCCAGUGAGUCCUGUUGAGGACGGGGAUUUUGAGACAUAUGGCCAAAGAGUGCAGUUUAACCAGUUUUACAUAGAGGAUCAGCUUGAAAGGAGACGUCGGGCCAGUGAAUAUGCCACCAGUCUAACGAAGCAGAAUGAAAUUACUCCGCAGCAGAAGAAAAAGGAUGACGGUUGUGUUCUUCAGUGAUUACCAUCUCUGUACUUAUCUAAACCAAAGAUUGUAAGUAUGAAGGAUUUCCCUUUUGUUUUGAACAAGGUUUGUUAAAAUUCAGAUGGAAAAUUUCAAUGUUUUUCCUGUCAGAUAGCACAAUUUUGAUUUAAUCUGAUUUCUUAAUGAUUUUGAAUGAACAGUUAUUGUUACAGCAAUGAUGUUAUUCUGAGACAAUAAAAAUUUUAAAUAUGUUUUGUAUAUCUGAAUUAAAAAAAAAAGAUUGAGCGUCCAUAAUGACGUUUGGAUUGUUUGGUGCAUGAAAACCUUUUUUUUAUUAUUUAGAAAGAAAUAACCACAUUUAUCACUUUUUUAAACAAGAAAAUAGUGGAUUGUUUAAAAACUACAUAUUUGACAUAAUGGACAUUAUUUUGCUAAAAAGGAAAAGAAAAAAAGAUGAUUAAAUAUUUAAUGAUGUUAUAAAUGUAGCAUUGUGAAGUCUGCUGGUAUUAUAUGUUUUGCUGUUAUGUGUGGACACUGAUAGUCCUUAUUUUUCUAAAAGUGGGUGCAGUGAUAGAUCCAUUGAAAGAUUUUUGAGCUUUAUGCAAGCUAAUAAUGAAGAUCCAAGUUACAUCGAUAUCAUUGUAUGUGAUUUGAAUCCUCCCAGGGUUGGUUUGCGAAUAUCGGGCAGUUGAGAUCACGGACUGUCCUUUUUUAUUGUGGAUGUGUCCUAUGGGCAAGUCAUAUAUUAUUUCAAUUGUUGUUGAUAUCAUGCAAUGUAUCUAUAUGUGUAUGUUGUACAGUGAGGUAGCUUCCAACUACUACACAAACACCUGUUCCCUCUUUAGAAUUAUCCUGGCUGAGUUGAUGGGUUGUUACACAGAGAAAGAAACGAAAAAUAACCAUUGUCUAAAUAUACCUCUAUGGGUAUAAUUCAUGUACAUAUAUUUGACUUUGUGAUAUGAAUCGCAAAUAUUAUUUGUACACUUUGAAAUAAACAACUCCCUAUAUACUCACUGUAACAUAUCCCAUCUGUUCAUUUUGUGAUAUACAAUAUUCACUUUCACACUGAUCAAGACCCAAACUCAUAACCACAGAGUUAAAGUCCCCUUAAAAACAAUAUAUAUUGUAACUCUCCGCGGUGGCCGAGUGGUUAAGGUGUCCCGACACUUUAACCCUAGCCUUCCACCUCUGGGUUGCGAGUUUGAAACC